AUGGCCCCGGUCUACGGGUAUAUGACCUCCUACUCUCCUCGCCUCCGCCAAUACGCAAACGCGCUCCUCAUCCCGAACAUCCCCCCAACACAGAGUACCCCCGGUGUGCGGACGACGAAACGCGGCACCAUUGCGGUAAACUAUGCAGAGGAUGGGUAUGAUGAUGACGACUUCGAGGACAGUGAGGGACCUCGACGACCGACGGGGCUGAGGAGUUUGAGGAGGGAAGAAAGCCAGCCAGAUAGAGGACCAGCGGGGGAGAAGAUAGGGACGGAAAUUUCACAUCCUGUUAAUGUCCAGCCGAAUUUUAGGGAUUGGGUGGUUAAGAGAGUAUCGAAGCCGUCGAAGAAGCAACAUUUGGGCGUCCAGGUACAAUUACCCUUGACAUUAGUACCUAUCCGUAUCGACCUUGAAGUGCCCGCGUUCCAACCCGCAGAACCAUUCCCUUUACCGCGAAACUACCAAGAACUCGGACUCAACCCUGCCUCCCAGGCAUACCGGAAACCCGACCCAGCACCUCCCUAUCGAAUCAAGGAUAGCUUUCUCUGGAAUUUACACGAAGCACUAACGACUCCCGAGGAGUUCGCUCUGACCAUGGUUCGCGACCUGGAUCUACCGAAUCCGCAAGCAAUGGCCAUGGCUAUAUCCAACCAACUCCGGCAACAGCUGGAAGAGUACGCAGGUGUCGCGCUCCACCCUCUAUUUCAAAGCCUGCACCAGCAACAGCAACAGGCCAUUAUGGGUAAUCCCCACGCAUCCCUUUCCAGAGACGCCUCCGCCACACCCGGUGCCACGAGCGCAGCGACACCAGCAACCCUCGUCGACACACCCACCGGCAAAGGAAGCGUGGUGGUAUCAUCAUCACAACAACCCUCAUUGAGCGACAACGAGCUAAACCCCGACGACGCAUACCGCUGCAUUACAAAUUUGAAUGGUCCUUGCUACACCCACAGGGGGCUGGCCGAGGAUUUCGCGCGUGUGACCUGUGCAGAUCUUGGCCUGGGUCCCGAAUGGGUCUGCGCUAUCGCACAUGGGAUCUACGAAGCUGUCCUCAAACUGAAGAAGGAGGUGUGUGAAAGUGGCGGCUUAAUCAGUGGGCUUGGCGGGUAUGGAAAUGAAAUCGACAACCAGGCUGCAAAUGGACAGGAGGCCGGGUGGCGGUAUGACCCAGACGGUCUGGGGGAUGAAUGGGAACCCAAGGUUGAGACGCUAUCCAAGGAAGAAAUUGAGAAGCGUGAGGGUGAUAGGGAGCGGCAGCUUCGUCGACUACGGCGGGAGACGGCGAGGUUUUCGUCGACGAGUGGCAUUGCGCCGGAGUUGUCGAGGCAGCUGAGUUCGUCUGGUGGUGGUGGUGGUGGUGGCGGUGGUGGCGGGGUCGGAUAUUUUGAUAUUCCAGAUGGCAGUGAGCCGAUGGGGAGGGGGGAGAGGACGAAGAAGAAGCGCCGGUUCCGGAGUCUUAGUCCGCUGGGUGGGAGGAGUGGAACUCCGGGGAGGGGCACACCGGAUACGGGGGCUGGUGCUGGGUAUGGCGGGGGUGGAGGCACACUUAGCGACUGGGAGAGACAAACAUGGCGCUGUUCCCAUUGUGCUGUCUGGGGUACGGCGGUUUGGGCUGUUAGAGACGGGCCAGCUGGCCCAAGGACUCUAUGCCACAACUGCGGCUUGCUCUAUGAGCGUGAUAAGCGGCUACCAGUUUGGUCAAAGGGGCUUCAUCGCCAUGAUGUGCCUGUUGGGCGUUGA